AUGGACGUUAUGUCGCCUCAGUUAAUGUGGAUCGGCACGCGGUGCUAUCGAGUUAACCAGAGCAAUGCAGCAUCCAAGGAGCAAACUUCCGACCGGCCGGAAGCUUACGUAGAAGAGGACACCUACGGCGAGGAUGAUCGCGAAGACGAGUACAACAUCGAGCUCACGGAUGCCGGCAAAUUCCAAACAGCCUUCCAUGUACCCUCCGCAUUCUACGCAAUGAUCAUAGGCGCGAAGGGACAAACCCGCCAGCGUUUGGAGGCCGAAACGAAGGCACAAAUUCGCGUCCCGAAGCAGGGUACAACUGGAGACAUCGUGGUCGUGGGCACAUCACGGAAGUCAGUGGCCACCGCACGAUCCCGCAUCGAGCUUAUCGUGAUGGGGGCACGCAAUAAGCAACAGUUCACCCACUUUCUGUCGGUGCCGCUAAACACGCCAGCGAUCGUGAAGCGUUUCUUGGAUUUUCGCGAAAAAGUCCUCACAAAGCUGCCAGUUGCGUUUACCGUGGACGAGUCUCUAUUUCAGCAACCGGAAAAAUUGCACCUCACCUUGUGCACGGUGAGCCUGAUGGACAACGAGGACCGAGCAAACGCGGCCCAGCUGCUGCUGGAUUGUCAGGACUCGAUCAUAGGACCAACACUUAAAGAAUACGGUCCACUGGAGCUACGGGUACGCGGCUUGGAGUACAUGAACGAUGAUCCCCACGCGGUGGACGUGCUGUACGCGAAGAUCGAGUCACCGGCGUUGCAGCGGAUCGCGGAUCAAAUCUACGAGUGCUUCAUAUCGAAGGGGUUGAUGCAGCGCAAGUACGACCACGUAAAGCUACACGCGACUCUCAUCAACUCGCUGUUUCGGGGUACGCGUGCGGAUGCCAUCGAUGAGCAGGAAGCGGAAAAGAAACGCAUCACCUUUGACGCGAGCGAGAUACUUCGGAAGUACGGCGAGUUUGACUUUGGCAGUACCGUGGUGGACGCCAUUCACCUCUCCCAGCGGUUUUCCACAUCCUGCACCGGGUACUACGAAGCGACUGCCUUUAUUAAGCUGUGA